AUGCACCUCGGCUGCGACGGCGUCUUCGUCGGCAGCGGCAUCUUCAAGGACGCCGAGACCCCCGAGCACGCCGCCAAGCGCGCGCGCGCCAUCGUCAAGGCCACCACCCAGUUCACCGACAAGAAGGCGCUCAUCGAGGCGAGCAUUGAGCACGGCGAGGCCAUGAGGGGUAUCAGCAACGCGGGCUUGAAGCCCGAGGAGAAGAUGUCCGGCCGGGGCUGGUAA